AUGCCUUACACCUGCUACCUGCCCAACCUGAGCUGCCGCUCCGGCUGCUUCUCCAGGCCCUGUGUGGCCCCCAGCUGCCACAGCACCCCCCUGCCUGGGGCCUGGAACAUCCCUGCCAAUGUGGGCAACUGCGGCUGGUUCUGUGAGGGCUCCUUCAAUGGCAGCGAGAAGGAGACCAUGCAGUUCCUGAAUGACCGCCUGGCCAGUUACCUGGAGAAGGUGCGGCAGCUGGAGCGGGAGAACGCAGAGCUGGAGUGCCGCAUCCAGGAGCGGUGCCAGCAGCAGGAGCCCCUGAUGUGCCCCAGCUACCAAUCCUACUUCCGGACCAUUGAGGAAUUCCAGCAGAAGAUCCUGUGCACCAAGUCUGAGAACGCCCGGCUGGUGGUGCAGAUUGACAAUGCCAAGCUGGCCGCAGACGACUUCAGGACCAAGUACGAGACAGAGCUGGGCCUGCGUCAGCUGGUAGAGUCAGACAUGAAUGGGCUGCGCAGGAUCCUGGACGAGCUGACCCUGUGCAAGGCCGACCUGGAAGCCCAGGUGGAGUCCCUGAAGGAGGAGCUGCUCUGCCUCAAGAGGAACCAUGAAGAGGAAGUCAACACCCUGCGUUGCCAGAUUGGAGACCGCCUCAACGUGGAGGUGGACGCUGCCCCCACCGUGGACCUCAACCGCGUGCUCAAUGAGACCAGGUGUCAGUAUGAGGCCCUCGUGGAGACCAACCGCAGGGACGUGGAGGAAUGGUACACCAACCAGACCCAGGAGCUGAACAAGCAGGUGGUGUCCAGCUCAGAGCAGCUUCAGACCUGCCAGGCAGAGAUCAUUGAGCUGAGACGCACGGUCAAUGCCCUGGAGAUCGAGCUGCAGGCCCAGCACAACCUGAGGGACUCACUGGAGAACGCGCUGACAGAGACGGAGGCCCGCUACAGCUCCCAGCUGUCCCAGGUGCAGUGCAUGAUCACCAACGUGGAGUCUCAGCUGGCUGAGAUCAGGGGUGACCUGGAGCGGCAGAACCAGGAGUACCAGGUUCUGCUGGAUGUCAAGGCCCGGCUGGAGUGUGAGAUCAACACGUACCGGGGCCUGCUGGAGAGUGAGGAUUGCAAGCUGCCCUGCAACCCCUGCGCCACAACCAACGCCUGCGGCAAGCCCAUUGGGCCCUGUGUCUCCAAUCCCUGCACCCCCUGUACUCCCCCUGCCCCCUGCACGCCAUGCGUCCCCCGCCCCCGCUGUGGACCCUGCAGCCCCUUUGUGCACUAA